AAACCGCUCUGCUUACAAUGAACCACAAUGGAGACUAAGUAGGAACUCGCACGGUUUCGGGCGUUAAUUUAUUCAUAAUUUAAGGCUAAAUAAUAAGUGUAGCUUCACAAGUCUCUGCCGGGUGAUCGAUCUGAUUUCUGUCAAGUGAAGCAAGUUACGGACAGACCGUGAAGUGUUUUCCUCAAGAGCUUUGAAGAAGGAAAUCGUCUUCGGCUAACGUUAUGUAGCGAGCUAAUCUCCUCUAUCUACUCGUCAAUUCAUCUUUUCUCAGCGUUAAAAAGUCUGCGCACAGGCAUGACCGAGUACAAGCUGGUGGUGGUCGGGGCGGGAGGCGUGGGGAAGAGCGCUCUCACCAUCCAGCUCAUCCAGAACCACUUUGUGGACGAAUACGACCCGACCAUCGAGGAUUCGUACAGAAAGCAGGUCGUCAUCGAUGGGGAGACGUGUCUGCUGGACAUCCUGGACACCGCAGGUCAGGAGGAGUACAGCGCCAUGAGGGACCAGUACAUGAGGACAGGAGAGGGCUUCCUCUGUGUGUUUGCCAUCAACAACACCAAGUCCUUCGAGGACGUUCAUCUGUACAGAGAGCAGAUCAACAGGGUGAAGGACAGCGACAGUGUUCCCAUGGUGCUGGUGGGCAACAAGAGUGACCUGAGCACCCGCACGGUGGAGACCCGGCAGGCGCAGGAGCUGGCACGAAGCUACGGCGUGCCGUUCGUGGAGACCUCCGCCAAAACCAGACAGGGUGUGGAAGAAGCUUUUUAUUCACUAGUGCGGGAAAUUAGAAGAUACAAGGAGACCAACCGCAGCAACAAGAAGAGCAAGAAGAACACUCAGAGACGCUGCAUAAUACUAUAGCGAACAAAAAACAAAAAAAAAAA